CUAAAGCCAAAACAAACCUGUUUGUGAAGGCAGUCACAGUCAGACGAGUUUUGUUUUGUUUUGUUUUAAGAAUUAGAAAGUCCUUAGCAAAGAUAUUUCGGAGGGUCGACGGUGGACCUGGUGAUUGGGAAUUAAAAAGGGUUUUUCCUCUGGGAUCAGACAUAACAGUACAGAUGGCGCAAACAAACGCACAUCGCUACAAAAGGCAAGUGACAGUUUUCAUUCUGUUGAUGGUUUUGUGGGAGGUGGGUUCAGAAUCGAUUCAGUAUUCUGUUUUGGAGGAGACAGAAACUGGCACGUUUGUGGCUAAUUUGACUGAGGACCUGGGACUCAGGACUGGGGAGCUGGCCGCUCGGGGCGCCCGGGUUGUUUUCAGCGGGAACAGACAGCGUUUGCAGCUUGACCCACAGACACAGGAUUUGCUGCUGAAUGAAAAGCUGGACCGGGAGGAGCUGUGCGGCUCCACCGAGCCGUGUCUGCUGCCCUUCCAGGUGUUGCUGGAAAAUCCCUUGCAGUUUUUCCAGGCGGUCUUGCGAGUCAGAGACAUUAAUGACCACGCCCCGAAGUUCCCCGCUAGUGAAAUGCUACUACAAAUAUCAGAAAUUACUCCGCCAGGAAAGAUCUUUCCUUUGAAAAUGGCGCAGGAUUUAGACGUGGGUAGCAACGGCCUUCAGAGCUAUGUAAUCACCUCCAAUUCUCACUUCCACGUGGUCACCCGCAAUCGCAGCGACGGCAGAAAGUUCCCAGAGCUGGUCCUGGACGAAGCGCUGGACCGCGAGGGGCAGGCGGAGUUCCGGCUGACCCUCACCGCGCUGGACGGUGGGUCUCCGUCCCGGUCGGGGACCACGGAGGUGCAGAUCCGGGUCCUGGACGUCAACGACAACUCCCCCGAGUUUGCAAAGGAGCUGUAUGAGGCGCAAGUCCCUGAAAACAACUCCCUUGGCUCGCUGGUUAUCACCGUCUCAGCGACAGAUUCAGAUGCAGGAUCCUUCGGAGAAGUAUCUUAUGCUCUGUUUCAAGCCGAUGAUGUUGAUCAACCCUUUGAAAUAAACGCAAUCACAGGGGAAAUUCGACUGAGAAAGAUGUUGGAUUUUGAGAAAUUUACAUCUUAUCAUGUGGAUGUUGAUGCCACAGAUGGUGGGGGACGAUCAGGAAAAUGCUCUAUAAUCAUCAAGGUUCUGGACGUGAAUGAUAACGCCCCUGAACUGACCAUGUCGUCCCUCAUCAGCCCCAUCCCUGAAAACCAGCCAGAGACAAUAGUGGCAGUUUUCAGUGUAUCAGAUGCAGAUUCUGGACAAAACCAGCAAGUUAUUUGUUCUAUAGAUGACAACAUCCCCUUUCUUUUAAGACCAUCAGUAGAGAAUUUCUACACUUUGGUAACAGAAGGAGCUCUGGACAGAGAGCGCCAGACCGAGUACAACAUCACCAUCACCGUCACCGACAUGGGGACGCCCAGACUGAAAACCCAGCACAACAUAACCGUGCUGGUCUCCGACGUCAACGACAACGCCCCGGCCUUCACCCAAACCUCCUACACCCUCUUCAUCCGCGAGAACAACAGCCCCGCCCUGCACAUGGGCAGCGUCAGCGCCACAGACACAGACGCGGGCGCCAACGCCCAGGUCACCUACUCGCUGCUGCAGCCCCAGGACCCCAGCCUGCCCCUCCACUCGCUGGUGUCCAUCAACGCCGACAACGGCCACCUGUUCGCCCUGAGGGCGCUGGACUUCGAGGCCCUGCAGGCGUUCGAGUUCCUGGUGGGCGCCACAGACCGCGGGGCCCCGGCGCUGAGCAGCCAGGCGCUGGUGCGCGUGCAGGUGCUGGACGCCAACGACAACGCGCCCUUCGUGCUCUACCCGCUGCAGAACGGCUCUGCGCCCUGCACCGAGCUGGUGCCCAGGGCGGCCGAGCCCGGCUACCUGGUGAGCAAGGUGGUGGCGGUGGACGGCGACUCGGGCCAGAACGCCUGGCUGUCCUACCAGCUGCUCAAGGCCACGGAGCCCGGGCUGUUCGGCGUGUGGGCGCACAACGGCGAGGUGCGCACGGCGCGGCUGCUGAGCGAGCGCGACGCGGCCAAGCACAGGCUGCUGCUGCUGGUGAAGGACAACGGCGAGCCGCCGCUGUCGGCCAGCGUCACGCUGCACGUGCUGCUGGUGGACGGCUUCUCGCAGGCCUACCUGCCGCUGCCCGAAGCGGCGGCGGCGCCCGCGGCCCAGAGCGACCCGCUCACGGUCUACCUGGUCAUCGCGCUGGCGUCGGUGUCGUCGCUCUUCCUGUUCUCGGUGCUGGCGUUCAUCGCGGUGCGGCUGUGCAGGAGGGGCAGGGCGGGCUUGGUGGGCGGCUGCUCGGUGCCCGAGGGCCACUUUCCGGGCCACCUGGUGGACGUCAGCGGCACAGGGACCCUGUCCCAGAGCUACCAGUACGAGGUGUGUCUGAAGGGAGGCUCUGGGACCAGCGAGUUCAAGUUUCUGAAGCCGAUUCUUCCCAGCUUCCCUCCUCAAGGAACUUGGGAGGAAUUGAAGGAAAUCCCCACCUUUCGGAAUAGCUUCCUAUUCAGUUAAGUAUUGUAUUAUUCUACUAAACCCUACUUAAUAAAUAUGGAAAUCUCC